AUGUUGGCUAUAAUGGGCUCUAGGAAUUUAUCGCAGCUGUCCGUCAAUGGAGUGGUACUCAUGAAUGGACAGACAGUCAGUCAACAGACCAUUGCAUCCAUUUCCUCGUAUAUACAACAACAUGAUUUGUUUCAACCGAUGUUUACAGUCAGAGAACACCUAUUAUUUCAGUUUGAUUUAACGAAAUGUGCGGAAACACGGAUUGGAGACAACAAACAAUUUAAAGGCAUUUCCGGCGGAGAAAUGAAAAGACUGUCCUUUGCUUCAGAGGUUCUCACAAACCCUUCGCUAAUGUUUUGUGAUGAGCCGACCACUGGUUUGGACUCAUUUAUGGCCAAAAGUAUAGUACAAGUGCUGAAGACUAUGGCAUCGGAGGGACGGACUGUCGUCUGUACUAUACAUCAGCCCUCGUCUCCAGUCUUUGAACUCUUCGACAGUCUAUUACUUAUGGCCGACGGAAGGUGUUUAGUGAUAUUAUUUGGGAUUCUGUACUACGGACAGGGAUACGACUACUCCAACGUCGAUAAUAUCACCGGGGCUCUCAAUAUGAUAUUAAUGAGAAAUAUG